UAAUAUUAUGUUUGUUAUUAUGUGUAAUAUAUAAUUGUCAUUGUCUCGAAACAGACAUAAUUUGAAAGAUAAGAUAAAAACGUCUAUCAUUAUAUUAGCAUAUUGAUAAAACAUUACAAUGGGAUAGUACAAUAGUAAAUAAAAUAAUUGUAGUGUUCUUAAAUAGUAACGUUCUUAGUGUAAUAAUUCAUGAUGGAACAUUUUGGCUUAUCUCAUAUUCUAUAUGAGCCAGAUAAAUAUAGUCCAGAUACUUUGGACCUAUUAGCCGACGAAGAAGCGAGGGAAUAUUGGCUUAACACCUGUGAAAAGCUCGUGGAAAAAUACGUUAAUUUUGCUCUAUCAAAUACAGAAGAUCCCACAGUUGAAAUAAGAGCUUUAAAAUUUAAGACUUGUUAUGUAGAGGCAUUAAAAGAGCUUAGAAUUAAUCCACUUGCACAUGGGCAAUUGACUAUCCGAUUGCUUCUUGACGUCAACGAAACAUGCCUUCGUUCUCAGGGUUUUUUUGACUUAUGGAAACAACAAAAGCUGUAUGAAAAUGAAGCUGCUUUAUCAAGCCUUGCAGGAAGAUUAGCAGAAAUUGAUGGUUUGGCUGAUGACCGGCAAAGGUGGACUGAGUUGUGUAGAGGUGUUCUUGCUGGUAAUAUGUUUGAUUGGGGUGCACAAGCUGUAACAUCAAUUUUAAAUUGUGGACUUUAUGAAGCUUUGCAGAAAAUACAAAAAAGGCCAUGGUUAUAUGAUGGCUUAGAGAAAUGGAUAGAUAAAUUAGAGAAAACUGUUCACCACUGUGCUGCUAUUUUUGUAGAUAACAGUGGUGUGGACAUUGUGCUUGGUAUUUUGCCAUUUGUAAGAGGUUUACUGUUGAGGGGUACAUCAGUUAUUUUGUGUGCUAAUGAAUGGCCAGCUUUAAAUGAUGUUACUAAUGUUGAACUGGAGGAGGUACUUCAACGUGCAUCAUUAAUUUGCCCUAUCCUUGCUGCUGCAAUGGCUACGGGAGAUUUAGUAGUUAGAUCUAGUGGACAAAGAGGCCCUUGUCUCGAUCUUAGAACUAUCAGUGUAGGACUUUGCUCUGAAAUGAAGAUGCGAGGAGUAGAUUUAAUUAUUUUAGAAGGUAUGGGAAGAGCCCUACAUACAAACUUAAAUGCUCGUCUUGCUGUGGACUCCCUUAAGUUAGCUGUAGUAAAAAAUGCAUGGCUAGCACAGCGUCUAGGUGGUCCACUAUUUUCAGUUAUUUUUAUCUACGAAGACAAGCCUUCAGAAACAAAUUAAAUUUAUAAUUAUGAAUCUAAUACAGUAUUCUUUCAUAAAAAGCAGUCACUGUUCUAUUAUUAACUUUCAAUAGAUAUUAAUUACUCUUUGUAAAUUAAACAUUCACAUUUUAGAAUGUUUCAUGUUAAUGUCCUAUGGCAUUUUUUGGAAUAUAUUGAGUGUUACCCUGAAA